CUGAGUUGUUAGGAUUACAGGUGUGAGCCACCAGCACCUGGCUACCUCCGUUUGUGUUCUGAGGCUGGUGCCAUCCUAGUGACCUAUCCUGGAGUUUAUAUACUGGGGAGCAGGAAGGGUUGUUGCACUGAUAACCGUUUUCCUGUCAUCCUUUCUUCUGGCUCCUGUCUACUGCAGCUUCUAGUCACUCCCUACUGAUCUUACUGCCUGUGAGCUACUGGAUAACUCAAUACCAUUUCAGUCUACCUCAGGUCCAUUGGACAUGUUCUUUAUGUUUCCCCAUCACCAUGACUUUGGCCCAGAGAGAAUUUUCGCCAUUAAGUGGUAUUAUAGUUUCCCAUACUUCAGCACUGUCAUAGUUGUGUGUUUCUGUGAUAAUCACUUCCCGCCAUUACAUGCCUCAUGGACACAAGGUCCUCAUGCAUUCACUAUUGCCUUUGCACUGCUUAGUAUAUGGCAUGUGGCAGCCACUACGGGUGUUUGUGAAGUGAUUCACACAUCAUACACACUCAGACAUAAAGAUGAACGAAGCUUCAGGGGACAGAUACUCAAGUACCAGGGCUGUUUCAGCCCAGCCCCAUAUCCCUGUUAUGGUAUAUCAGGUUGGAGGUCAAGUAGCAGGGACACAAUACCUGCCUUGACUAUUCUAAAAUUUAGAGGAGCUACUAGCACCCUGACCUCUGAAUCUUUUGUGAUUUCCAGCAAGUAUCUGAACCAGGACGAAUGGAUGCCCACCCACCAAGCCUCAUGGAGGCAGUGACAUUUGGCGAUGUGGCUGUGCACUUCUCUCGGGAGGAGUGGCAGUGUCUGGACUCUGGCCAGAGAGCCCUCUACAAGGAAGUGAUGCUGGAGAACCACAGCAGUGUGGCUGGACUAGCAGGAUUCCUGGUCCUCAAACCUGAGCUGAUUUCCCGACUGGAGAAGGGGCAGGAGCCAUGGGUCCUCGAUUUACAGGGAACAGAAGGAACAGAAGCAUCAUGGACUUCUCAGACAGACUAUACCAUUAGGAUUGACCAUGAGCAGGCCUGUGAAGACAUGAGCAUUCUCAAACCACAAGGUCCUAGCUGUGGAGACACUUGCAGUUCUGAGGUCUGGUUAGGAAGUCAUCCAUGCAGUCAUAGGCUGAGAGUGAAGGGCUUCCUCUCUCAGAGGCACUGUUUAUGUAGGGAGACUGUGGCUUCAAAGACCCUCCGGAAGGAUGCUGCUCAGGAACUCCAGGAGCUGGGGGCCAAUGUCUUGACUUAUCAGCUUGAUGAACAUCAGAGAAAUAGUAUGGAAGGGACACCACAGAGAUGUGAAGUGUGCGGCAGAUGUUUCAGACCUACUUCUUUCCUGGCUCCACAGUGGGAAAUAGACAUGCAGGAGAAACCUAACAGAUGUCAAGAAUGCUACAGGAAAUUAUCUGACUGCCUACAGAGUAAACCGUCAAGUAACUGUGGUGGGGAGAAGCCCUAUGAAUGUGAGAAUUGUGGGAAAGUCUUCAGGCUGUGCUCACAGCUCAGUCAGCAUCAGAGAAUACACACUGGAGAGAGACCAUUUAAAUGUGUUGAGUGUGGAAAAGCCUUCCGCCUAAGCUCAAAACUUAUUCAGCAUCAAAGAAUUCAUACUGGAGAGAAGCCCUACAGAUGUGAGGAAUGUGGGAAAGCCUUUGGGCAGAGUUCAAGCCUUAUCCAUCAUCAGAGAAUCCAUACUGGAGAGAAGCCCUACAGUUGUCGAGACUGUGGGAAAGCCUUCAGCCAGCAAUCACAGCUGGUCCGACACCAGAGGAUUCACACUGGAGAGAGACCCUACCCAUGCCAAGAGUGUGGCAAAGCCUUUAGCCAGAGCUCAACUCUCACCCAGCAUCAGAGGAUGCAUGCUGGAGAGAAAUCUCAAAUAACAAGAGCUUCAGAAAGUCCAGGCUUUCUUGCAUGUCAGAGAAGUCAUGCUGUGGAGAAGCCAUUCAAGUGUGAGGAGUGUGGGAAAGCUUUCAGGUGGAUCUCUCGCCUGAGUCAGCAUCAACUGAUUCACACUGGAGAGAAACCUUAUAAAUGCAACAAGUGCACAAAAGCUUUUGGUUGUAGCUCAAGGCUCAUUCGCCAUCAGAGAACUCACACUGGAGAAAAACCAUUUAAGUGUGAUGAGUGUGGGAAAGGCUUUGUCCAGGGCUCACACCUUAUUCAACAUCAGCGAAUUCACACUGGAGAGAAACCUUAUGUGUGCAGUGACUGUGGGAAAGCCUUCAGCCAGAGCUCCAGCCUCAUUUACCAUCAAAGGAUCCAUAAAGGAGAGAAGCCAUAUGAAUGUCUCCAGUGUGGAAAAGCUUUCAGUAUGAGCACACAGCUCACUAUCCACCAGAGGGUCCACACAGGGGAGAGGCCUUACAAAUGUGGUGAAUGUGGGAAAGCCUUCAGUCAGAACUCAACCCUUUUCCAGCACCAGAUAAUUCAUGCUGGAGUGAAGCCCUAUGAGUGUAGUGAAUGUGGAAAGGCAUUUAGCCGAAGCUCAUACCUCAUUGAACACCAGAGAAUUCACACUAGAGCCCAGUGGUUCUGUGAAUUUGGAAACAUUCUGGAAGGUUCCACCUUUGUGAGCCGUAAAAAAGUCAACACUGUGAAGAAACUGCAUCAAUGUGAUGACUGUGAGAAAAUCUUCAGGUGGCGUUCACAUCUCAUUAUACAUCAGAGAAUUCACACCGGAGAGAAGCCUUACAAAUGUAAUGACUGUGGCAAAGCUUUCAAUCGGAGCUCAAGGCUUACUCAGCACCAGAAAAUUCACAUGGAAUGAACCAUUCACCUGAAUCCAUAUAAAUUUGCAGCCUUAACAUUUUAUAUGACAUCAUUUGUACUUAUAAGAACUAAGAAUGGCUGGGCACCAGUGACAUGUCUAUAAUCCUAGCUACUCAGGAGGCUGAGAUCUGAGGAUUGCAGUUCAAAGCCAGCUUGGGCAGGAAAAGCUAUGAGACUCUAAUUGACCACCAAAGAGUCAUGAGUGGAGCUGUGGAUCAAGUGGUAGAGUGCUAGGCUUCAGCAAA